AUGCAAGCUGAUUUAAGUCGUUUACGAUCAUACAUUCAUCAAGGGAAGAUAAAAAAGAUCAAAUAUCUUUUAAAUGAUCAACCAAAACGGUUACAUUAUUUUCUGGAACAACAAUUUGAUGCUUGUGCUUAUGCUACAAAAUUUAAACAAGAGAAAGUUCUACGUCUAUUACAUGAUUAUGGAUUUCCAAUAGAUGGUUAUCCACAUACACAUUCAGUUACAGCUUUGAUCAUUGCUAUUCGUCGAAAUGAUCUUGCUUUUGUUCGAACACUUGUUGAACUUGGUUGUGAUGUCAAUUGUUCUGUUCGUUCCUAUACAAUCAUUCCAUUGAUAGAAGCUUAUCAAUUAUAUAAAAAUAAGCAUGAGAAUCUUUUUUUGUUUGAAAUUGCUAAAGACAUUUUUCGAUAUCUUUUACAAUCAGGUGCUUCACCCAAUGUUUAUAAUACACAUCAUAUGCGACUUGUUCAUUUAACAGCAAUGGAUGGUGAAUUCGAAUUCUUACAGCUUUUAUUAAAUUAUGGUGCUCAUAUUAAUGUAAUUACAACACCGCAUCGUAAAAAUUUACUUCAUCUUAUCUGUGAUCAAGCAGCUGAACAACCAACAGAAAAUCUUCUUGAGAUUAUUCGUACACUUAUUCAAUUUGGAUGUGAUAUCAAUCAUCGAGAUGAUUGUUUUGAAACACCACUUAUGUGUACAUUACAUCAUGGUGGUAAUUUAAUACUUGCACAUGAACUUAUUAUCGAAGGUACUCGACUUGAUUUAAAAAAUAAUUUCGGUAAUACUUAUUUAACACGAGCUGUUCAUUAUGCUUUAUAUGAUCAUGCUCGUAUGGCACUUUAUGCUGGUGCACCAUGUCGUGCAUGGCAAUGCUCAUUUCCUUAUAUAAAUCGUAAUUAUCAACAACAACAAACAACUAAUGAAACAAGUCUUAUGGAUGCUAUUGUUGAUUAUGAACGAUUUAUCAGUCAACUUGAAUUUUAUUUGUUAAAACCAAGACGAUUAAAAGAUAUAACACGAUUAAUUAUACGAAAAAAUCUUCCUCUUCCAUUGAGUAAAUCAACAGUUCUACUUGAUAAAUAUUUACCAUUUUCACUUAUUCAGUAUUUAAUGUUCGUAGAAAUGAAAACAAUGUUAAAACUUGAAUUUUAA